AUCAUCAUCAUCGUUUUAUUGAAGAUAUGACUGACCUCAUUAGUUCCUUACUGAUCAGAACAAGUUUAUUCUUUGCAGAGUUGCUGAUUUGGGAUAAUCUUGUUCUCUCUGAGUGAAUCAACAUGUCUGGGAAUGAUGAUAAGCCACAUGCUACUGCAGACAGAAUAAAGGCAGCCAGGUUAUCAGGGGCUAAGGGAUUGAGCAGGGCUCAAGCUGAACGGGCUGCGACUGUUGUUGCCUACAAUGUGAAUGCCUAUGGGCAGAAGGAAGAGGGACCAAGCUGCUGGCAGGAGAGGAAGGAAGCCAAGAGACAGAUGUAUCUGAUGAGUACAGAGAAGGCUGCGAAGUUGGGCACUGUGAAGCCAAAAGCUUCAGAAACUUCUUCUGUUGGCGCAUAUACCCAAUGCUAGAAGUGUUUCCCAUGGACAACUGAGUGCAAAAACGAGCGGGUGUACAUGUCAUGGCCCUCAAGAAUGCAGCAGCUUAAGAACCCCAAGCUGAAGAAAAGCGUACUGGUUUCUUAUCAAUUUGAGAAUCCUGAUGGAGAGAGAGAGAGAGAGAGAGAGAGAGAGAGAGAGAGAGAGAGAGAGAGAGAGAGAGAGAGAGAGAGAGAGAGAGAGCUUGAGAGUCGCCGCACCUGGAACCUAUCCACAUCCUCACCGGCGCCUAGGGGUCGGUGGGUGGUGGAGGAGCUUCGCCAGAACAUGAGGUGCAUGGGCGAGGCAUCGCGGAACCUUGAGAACAACCGAAGCGCCAUGAAUUCCUCGUUGGAGUGGAUCCUCCGCCGUGGGACCGCCACGGUUGUUCCUCGCCGGUAUCACCGUUGGGCUUCCGAGGAUUAG